AUGGAAGCCACCGAGCCGCUUCCCUCAAUCCUGCACCCAUCCAACCCUCCGUCUCUAUCCCAUCCGCGCCGCCGACGCACCUCACUCAGCGGCAAGCUUCUCAACUUGUUCACCACCAAACCCAAGUCGCCUCCCCAACCACCUCCUCGCCCGAUCAUCUCCCUUCCGCAACCACUCCCCAGUCGGAUUCCCGUCCCACCAAAGCGCGCCUUCCGGGAACACUCGAACGACGAGAACGCGCCGCUAUCUCCAUCAUCUCGCCCUCGGGUGCGUCUGCGGCUCCACUCGGACACCAGCGUCGCCUCAGUGAACAACAUCCAACGCUCGCCUUCUCCUGAGCGGAAGAUCCACACACCGCCCAAGGGAGACCGAGCUCGUCCGCUCAAGAGCGCGUUGAAGAAGUCAGCGUCGGAGAAUACCCCUGCCCCUUUCUCGCCCACGCACCCUACGCGGACUCCACCGUACUCGGUGCACCCACCCUACGAGCAGGAGUCGAGCGCGUCCUUUCCACCUGCAACUCCGUCCAAGCCUCCGAACUUCAAGGUCACGAAGCGCAUCCCCGGCGGUACUUGGAUGCCUUUCUCACUGUCUCGUAACCACGCCACUCGCGCGGCCAGUGAGGCAGGCAGCCCCCGCUCGACACCGAACAGCCCUCCGCGAAAGACAGUGACAUUCGCCCUGGAGCAGCCGGAGUGCUCGUCUGCUCGGGGUGGCGUCCCCCACAACUCUUCGGUCCACGACGUGUCGGGUGUAUCGAGCCACUGGGACGAGAUCGCAGCGGAGCUCGACACGCCGGCUACCUCUGUCGACGUCUCAUCUCAUCUUAAGCGCAAGGCCGAGGACUACCCCGACCCCAAUGGAGGCGCACCUACCUUCCGACCUGGCUCACCCACCCUCACGCGUUCGCGGAAGCCCGUCUUCACCCCCCAACCAUCUCCCACCGGCACUACUUCUCGGGGUCGCUCGCGUUCCAGCGGACAGCAGCCUCACCAGGGGAGCGACGUCAACCACGAGCCAGUGGACAUCGACUCGGACAUGUUGAUGGCGCAACAUGUCCCCCCAGUGCCAACGCUAUCCGCGUUCAACCUGCCUCCGCGCACGUUCGUCGGUAACGCCGUUGACGAAUGGAUUGAAGAAUACGCGAGGGAGAAGCUUCGCUCUCCGCCGCCCAACACGAGGGCGAUGGCAAAGCGCAGGGAUGGUCCGGCGGGCGUGAUCAGGCGGAUCACCGCUGACAUUGUCCCCAACGAGCGCCACUCGACCGUAUGGGAUGCGAACGAGAGGGACACUUUUGCAUGGGGAGGUACGAUCGUUGUAUGGGACGCCAACCCCGCAUCCUACUUCUACCCCCGACACUGCAUCAAGGGUUUCCAGAUUGAAUUCUCUGCCGUCGCCGAGCCGCGCUCCGGUCUCGACAACUCGGACACUGCGGCUGAUGACGGUCUGCCCAAGUACGAUUGGCGUACGUCGUAUACCGGCCACAAGGUCGAUCGUCGGCACGUCCUACAGCAACUCGACGCUGCACGCGGCAUUGCAGUAGAGCCCGCCUUCGUGUUCGUCAAGCCGGACAACCCGGAUGGGCCGCAUGCGUGGCUUGUGCACUUCUGGGUGCCCGUCCCGCUGUCGCUCUUCACGCGCUCGGUACAUAGGACGUUCGUGUGCCGUGCGAAAGUGUCUGUGGGUGGUUAUGGGACUGCCGAGACCGAUAUUCCCGCUGGCUGCGUCGCGGUGGGGAUAGAGAGUCUGCAGUCUAACGAGUGCAUUGCCGGGUUGACUUCACAGGGUAAGGGCGGAAGAGGGAAACAAGGCUGAGGUUGGCGUUUGGGUUCCUGGAGCAGGGGUUCUAGGGCUUCUUAGCCUCAUUCCCUUCCACUCUUUAAUUCGCAUUGCGUCAAAUCGUAUCAUACUCCGUUCUUUGUCGUCUUGGAUCGUUCCGCAGGCGGAUACGGUCGCUCGUUAGUGUUACUCGCACCCUCAUCAACAUCUACCGCUCGUUUGUGGCUUCAUGCGCCCUAGUAGGGAAUAUGUAUCUGUAGGGAAUCUGCC